AUGUGCCGACAGAUCCGUCCCUUGGUGCAGGGAGGAUGGAGCAUCAAGUGGGAUCUUCCUCAUCAAUGUCAGGGCUUCCCAGCAGAUCCAGUGCAAGUCUUCAGAUACCUGGACGAUGACAGCUCGGGCGAGCUGACCUUGGAGGAGUUGGACCAGGAGGGAAAUGACCUUUGGGCAAACUUUGUUGAAUGGUGUGCGCAGAUCUUUUCUGGAGCCACCGACUUUAUCCAGAAGUUGCUCCCCAAAAAUGGCGACAAAAAGCUGACCGUGGCGCAUUUCGAAGAGGGGAUUGCGAAGUUCGGUUGGUCGCGUGGUUCGGAGUCGUUGCUGUUCAAUGCCGUGAACCUCCGUGGUGACGACGCCAUCGAUGCGUCGGAUCUGAAAUGGUUGGACGUGCAAGCCAAGAGGGCCAAGAUCAAACGAACUGCACGUCAACGAGCCUUGAAAGACAAGAAGAAACAGAACUUCGACACCAAGACGGUCGCGGUGACCAUGGCAGAGUUCAAGAAGCAUCUGAAGCGUUCCUAUGGCAACUUCCUACGUGCUUGGCGUCUGGGUCUGAGCCCCAACGACUCGGUGACCAUUUCCAGGACCCAGUUUCUGACCGCCUGCAGCAACCUGGGCUUCAAAGACGCUGGGAAAGUUCUUUGGCGCGCCUUUGGGAAAGAUGAGCUGAGUCCAGUGUCCUUGGACUUUUUGGAUCCGGAGACCGCACAGGUGCUGGCUCACUUUCAACGUAUGGUGCAGGGGCUUGGGGGCGUGCAGGCAGCCUGGAGAGUCUUCGACAAGAAAGCUGUGAAGCGAGUGAAGCAGCCCGAGUUUCUGGAGGCGAUGAAGACGUUGGACCCUUCCCUGCCUGCAAAACAGCUGUUCAAUGGCUUGGAUACAGACGGCGAUGGUCGACUGGCGGUGGAUGACUUCAAAUUCUUGGAGAAAUGGAAACUUCCAGAGUUCCUCACAGCGAAGCCCAGUGAAGAGGCAAAGGAGGAGGUGAAGAAACAACUUUUACAGGUCUACAAGAGCUACUUGAAAGCCUGGCGCUUGGUUCUUGACGCGAACAAUUUGAACCGCUGCACGUGGCCCGAGUUCCAAGCAGCCUGUCGCAAGAUCGGCUUUCUGGGUGACAUCGCUGGCGCCUGGCGCGCACUGGAUGUAGACCUCUCUGGGAGCAUCACGCUGCAGGAGAUUGACAAAGAGUCCUCCGAGGUGCUGGCCACCUUCAAGGCCUGGGCGGAUGACAACUUCGGCGGCAUCCGCUCGGCCUUCGCCGUCUUCGACGGUGAUGGAUCCAACAGUGUGACCAUGCGCGAGUGGCGCUAUGCCUGUCGCAUCUAUGGCUUCAAUCAAGGGGCCGCCAGCCUCUUCAAACAGCUGGAUGCCGAGGGUAUGGGAUCUCUGUCGCUGGAACAGGUGGCGUUCCUUGAUGAGUGGGACUUCCAGCCCGAGAAGGAAGAUGCCCCACCCAAGCGGGAAGAGACCUCGGUCAAGAGCGUGAUCAAGUCCAACAACUACAGUUUCGCCACCCAGCAGAGCCAGAGCUUGAUGAAGCGCAAAGUGCAGCGACCCCAAGGCCUGGUACCUCCUCCACGGAUCUGUUGGCACAACUUGCCCUGCCAUCGGCAGCGGCCUCCCUCGCGCGGCCCGGGCACUGGCCUCCCAGCAGGAGCGUAUUGCAAGCGCUGCCGGGCACGGGGAGCCUGUCGCCACUUUGCAAGGAUGGAUGGUGUGAGAUCUUUGGCUCCAUCCCAUCGAGCUGCAGGUUAUGAUGUCUUGAUGUCACCAGAUCCAAUGGAACCACCAAUGGUGAAGAUGAGCCGCUUUCGGUGGCUCAAGGAACGACUGCCCCAGGACGUGCUGAAGAAACGUGCCACCACGGAACUACUCCGACCAAAGACCUCCCCGGCGACCGUGGAGUUUGCCUUUGGAAGUCAGGUGCCCCAAGGCGCCCAAAUUCAGCUAGCAGCUGUACAACAGUUUCCGUUGGGCACUGUGGAUUUUCCCAUGCUGUUUAUGGACCACACGUCGCGGCACGUGAUUCACCAGGUCUAUUUUAAGUCUACAUAG